AUGUCGACUACUACCUGCCGUUCCUGGCUUCUAUUGCAAUGGGUCUACUACUGUAUAGUUACUUCGUAUGUGGGCGCAUCACAGUAUGAUGUAGAGGAGAUUCCCAGCAAGAUUCUGUGGCGACGGCGAGAGUCUCAUCACACCACGAGUUCCGUCAUGAUUGCCGACCGCCACAAGGCAACCGUGUGGAUCUAUUCUCCCCGUCACGUCAAGGGAGAGGAUCCCGUCAAUACUAUUUUAAAGUAUUCACGGCACAACAACACUGGUACGACGAUUCCAACGGCGCAUUACGAUUGGAAGUACGAGUUCUCCUGUCGCUCGCUCCCCAGCUUGGCAUUGGCGGAAUCCCACGGCGACAUUUGGGCCUUGGGAUGUCCUUCUCAACAGGUGCCCUUGUACAAUGGACAACAGUUGACAUCCGAGUCGGGAUCCGUCACGUUGUUUCAGUGGAUCCCUCACAAGAAUCGGGCACGAAUCGUACAGACGAUCUACGGCAAGAAUAGCACGGACCAAUUGGGACAAUCCAUUUCCAUGUCCCAUGAUGGACGCACUGUGGCGUUGGUGGCUACUGCCCACCACAGAUCAUCCAAAAACACAGAUAGUCGGGACUAUUUAAAUGUCUAUCAGCAGCAGCAGCAGCAGCAAGUGCAUGGUGGGACUUCAAAGCAACAAUGGGUACCCAAGGGAGAUACCUUCCAAGAUGUGACCAGGGCAGUCCUCUCCAGUGAUGGCUCCAUUUUGGCAACCACGACAACUGGAAAAGCCUUCAAGAUAUUCUCUUGGGAUGUUCACAAUAAUAAAUGGACAGAAGAAAGGAUUCAAACCAACCGACAACGAGGUCUCAGUAGCUCUUCCCUCUCCUUGUCGGGGAAUGGUCAAGUCUUGUCCAUUCUUCUUCCCGCCAAAGGAGGACAGGCUGUCACCAUCUUUCGACGAACGACACUGGGUACCACCGUUCAAUGGAUUCGAGACUCGACCAUUCAUCAAUCGAGUGAAAGCAGUGGUACUACUAGUAGUAGAAACCGACAAUCUUCUUUUGGUUGGGUAACCUCCUUGUCGGGAGAUGGCAACCGGAUCGCCAUUGCCGAACCUUCCGCGGAGAAUACUCGGGGACUGGUUCGAGUGUACGAUUAUUGCAAUAGAGGCUCCAGGAAUAGCAAGGAAUGGAUAACAGUGGGCAAGGAUAUCCGGGGGAGAAACCAACUCGAUUCUCUGGGACGACACGUGCAUUUGUCCUACGAUGGCACUGUGCUCGUUGUCAAGGCUGUGACCUAUACAAUCAUCUAUGAGUUUGUAGUGGAGGAAGGAUACUACGAUCGUCAAUCUGCUUGCAAAAGAUCAAUGACGACAACUGCUCCAAUAGAGAGACAAGGACAGAAUCGUCCUCGUCGUUAUGGCACAGACGAACUCUAA